ACUCCUUUUAGGGGGGUUUAGAAGGCGUAUAAAGGCUGCUGGCCGAGAACUUGCUUCUUCAUUCUACAGCUGGUGCCAGAACUCUCAAUCCUCCACUGAGAGAAAAUGUCCAUCCAAGUGGAGCACCCUGCUGGUGGUUACAAGAAACUGUUCGAAACUGUGGAGGAACUACCCUCGCCACUCACAGCGCAUGUGACAGGCAGGAUCCCCCUCUGGCUCACUGGCAGUCUCCUUCGAUGUGGGCCAGGACUCUUUGAAGUUGGAUCUGAGCCAUUUUACCACCUGUUUGAUGGGCAAGCCCUCCUGCACAAGUUCGACUUUAAGGAAGGACAUGUCACAUACCAUAGAAGGUUCAUCCGCACUGAUGCUUACGUACGGGCAAUGACUGAGAAAAGGAUCGUCAUAACAGAAUUUGGCACCUGUGCUUUCCCAGAUCCCUGCAAGAAUAUAUUUUCCAGGUUUUUUUCUUACUUCCGAGGAAUAGAGGUUACUGACAAUGCCCUUGUUAAUGUCUACCCAGUGGGGGAAGAUUACUAUGCCUGCACAGAGACCAAUUUCAUUACAAAGAUUAAUCCCGAGACCUUGGAAACAAUUAAGCAGGUGGAUCUUUGCAACUAUGUCUCAGUCAAUGGAGCAACUGCUCACCCCCAUAUUGAAAGUGAUGGAACUGUUUACAACAUUGGUAAUUGCUUUGGGAAGAAUUUUUCAAUUGCCUACAAUAUUGUAAAGAUCCCUCCACUACAAGCAGACAAGGAAGAUCCAAUAAGCAAGUCAGAGGUCGUUGUACAAUUCCCCUGCAGUGAUCGAUUCAAGCCAUCUUACGUCCAUAGUUUUGGUUUGACUCCCAACUAUAUUGUUUUUGUGGAAACACCAGUCAAAAUUAACCUGUUCAAGUUCCUUUCCUCAUGGAGUCUUUGGGGCGCAAACUACAUGGACUGCUUUGAGUCCAAUGAAACCAUGGGGGUUUGGCUUCAUAUUGCUGACAAAAAAAGGAGAAAGUACGUCAAUAAUAAAUACAGGACCUCUUCUUUUAAUCUCUUCCAUCACAUCAAUACCUAUGAAGACAAUGAAUUUCUGAUUGUAGAUCUCUGUUGCUGGAAAGGAUUUGAAUUUGUUUAUAAUUACUUAUAUUUAGCCAAUUUACGAGAGAAUUGGGAAGAAGUGAAAAAAAAUGCACAAAAGGCUCCCCAGCCUGAAGUUAGGAGAUACGUACUUCCUUUGAAUAUUGACAAGGCUGACACAGGCAAGAAUUUAGUCACACUCCCCAACACAACUGCCACCGCAGUUCUGUGCAGUGACGGGACCAUCUGGCUGGAACCCGAGGUUCUCUUUUCAGGGCCACGCCAAGCAUUUGAGUUUCCUCAAAUCAAUUACCGGAAGUAUGGUGGGAAACCUUAUACAUACGCGUACGGACUUGGCUUGAACCACUUUGUUCCAGACAGGCUCUGUAAGCUGAACGUCAGAACUAAAGAAACUUGGGUCUGGCAAGAACCUGAUUCAUACCCAUCAGAACCCAUCUUUGUUUCUCACCCAGAUGCUUUAGAAGAAGAUGAUGGUGUAGUUCUGAGUGUGGUGGUGAGCCCUGGGGCAGGACAGAAGCCCGCAUAUCUCCUGGUCCUGAAUGCCAAGGACUUGAGUGAAGUUGCCAGAGCUGAAGUGGAGAUUAACAUCCCAGUCACUUUUCAUGGACUGUUCAAAAAAUCCUGAGCACAUCCCAGCAAGUUAUGUUUUUUUGAUAAAACCAAGAAAAAUAUAGUCAGGUCUACAAUCAAAUUCUGUUCAAUUUUAGCCUGCCAUAUUACAAGGUUUUAACUUGCAGAUGAACACAAUUUUGCAAUGUUUUACAGAGAGCACAGAGUCAAACAAGCAAUUCCUUUUUUAAAAGACUACACAUUUUAGAUAAUCAUACCUUCUCUAUAUAAGACAAGCUGAUCACAACUAAAAAACUCUACAUAUUUAGCAAUCAAAGAGAAAACAAAUGUGGAUUUAUUAAACUGGUUUUUAUUCUUAUUAUAAAAGUGUAUCUUAGGUACCCAUCUGCUCCAAUUAUUUUUUAACAUUUAAAAGCCAAAGUCCUCUACACCUGAUCUGUAUGUGGCUUUGCUGAGUCAAGGCAAUAUCAUGCAAAAGGCUUAACUACUAAAUGUCAAACCAAACCUUUUCUCAAACCAGG